GCUUGUGUGCCAUGUCGCGAGAGCAAGGUCAAGUGCGAUGGAGCCUCCCCCAUCUGCUCCAACUGCAAAAACAAAAACAAGGAUUGCCGAUACCAAGCAGGUGAUGACAAGCGCAAACUUUCUCUUCGCGUUGCCAUCGAGCUUCUCUCUGGACGCAUCGAGCAGCUGUGCAAUUUUAUCGGCGAGAAUUCGCUUGAACCUCCACCCAUGCCCAAGGAGGAACAAGAGGCUCUCAUCAAGGUACUUGGCCAAAACCAACCAAACGCGAAUGUCGCGAUGGAGUCACUCCCCCCGCCCCCGGCACCUUUGCCGGUCUGGGAUAGGGUGGACGAGAGUGCACAGGUUGCCGUCGUCACUCAGCCUGAUUUGAUGGCACCUCCACACGCCAUAGGGGAUUUGGAUGGCCUGGACGUCAUCGGACGCCCGACCCCAGAUGACCAUGCCUCCAGCUCUCUGGCAGUUAACCCGCCUUCUUGGACUUGGAGCAAUCCUGAAGACCCAAACUUCAACUUUCAGCCCCCGUUUGCCCUAGACUCGGACACCAUCGGUGGCAUGCUUCCGUUCCCGACUCCCGGGUCAGGUGAGCACCACUCGAUCAAACUGCCUAGUGGCCCGGGAUCCGACGAGGCAAUCAGUGACACAGAAAGCACCGAGGUACUCGUCGACCAACUUUCUGAUCGCAUCGGGUCCCUGCAGAUAGGACCCGGGGGACAGGUGCGGUACUACGGGCCCACAUCUAACUUCAAUCUUGUCGAGAUGCCCGCGCCCGACAAUCUUACUAUUCAUCGCACUGUUCGAAACAACGGGCAAGAAUAUCUCGACCGUCUUGGCAUCGGCAAGUCUGUGCCUGAUGACCUCGAGGAGCAUCUGGUCAACCUCUACUUUGCUUGGCAAGAUGCAGCUUUCCAUGUUGUGAACCGAGCCAUGUUUGAGGAAGCGAGGAUCAACUGGCGCGACAGGAAGGAAGACACGCAAUACUAUUCAGAGGCGUUGCUCAACUCAAUAUGUUCCUUGGGUGCUGCCUUUGAAUCGCGACACCAUCCAACAUUUGUCACAUUUCCCAAGUCCCUGUCCGACUUCUUUGCAGACAGAGCCAAGGCACUUCUUGAAAUCGAACUGGACUGUCCCUGCUUGGCGACGGUGCAGGCCAUGGUGGUCCUCAGCAGCCACGACAUUGGCUGCAAACGUGAUGCGAGGGUUGCAGGGAUGGCCAUGAGACUGGCUUUUGACAUGGCUCUCCAUGUCGACUUGAGUCCGUAUGUGGCGAAGAAAGCCGUCACCCAGGCAUCUGCGGAUCUGCGUCGCGACAUUUUCUGGGCAGCGUACACUGUCGACCACAUGUGGGGAUUCUAUCUCGGACGGCCGUUCCGCAUCAACAUGGAGGACGUCACUGUUUCCAAGCCUGUCGGAGACGUCAGACCCGAGAGAGCUGGACAGUGGAUUCCAUAUGUCUCCAAAAAGUCCUUUGAUGAGCUCACCCCUCUAGCAGACUACACAGAUGAGCUGCAUCGACAAAGGACCCUCCUCAGCGACAUCAUGGUUCCACUCGGAUAUGCUCUGUAUGGAAGCAGAAAGAUCCCAGCUACUACUCUGCAAGAAAUGAAUGUUCGGACAGUGGAAGAGCUGCUCAACUGGCAGGCUGAUUUGCCCACCGUACUUCAAGUCGACCUCGAUGACCGCGAGACGCCAUACCUCCCGCACGUCAUCCUACUGCACAUGCAAUAUCACCAGAAUAUCAUACACGCUCACCGCCCAUGGAUGUCACGAACUUACGUGCAACCGUUCCCUCCACAGGGCCCAGGGGCGGCACACGCACGCAUGAUGUGUGUUGAAUCAGCGUACGCCAUCGCCAAACUCCUCCAGCUCUACGAGAUACGCUAUGCACUCCGCCGCAUGAACAUCCAAGGCGUUGGCAUCGCAUGCUCAGCGGCGCUGUUGCUCAUCUUUGCCUCGGUGACAAACUACCAACGCCAAGGCGAAAAUGAGAUUGGCCUCCAUCUGAGUGCCUGCUUCAGAGCACUAGAUGAGCUGGGAGCUACAUGGGAGAGCGCCAAGAGGGCUAGAGACUUUCUCGUUUUGUUGCAGCGGCAGUGGGAGCUUCACGGGCGGACGGCAAGAGCACGACGA